AUGGCCAGCUACCCCGAGCCCGAGGGCGCCGCGGGCGCCCUGCUGGCCCCGGAGCCCGGCCGCGCCGCCAAGGAGCCCGAGGCGGCCCCGCCGAGCCCCGGGCCGGGCGGCGGCGGCGGCGCGGCCCCGGCCCCCGAGAAGCCCGACCCGGCGCAGAAGCCCCCGUACUCGUACGUGGCGCUCAUCGCCAUGGCCAUCCGCGAGAGCGCCGAGAAGCGGCUCACGCUGUCGGGCAUCUACCAGUACAUCAUCGCCAAGUUCCCGUUCUACGAGAAGAACAAGAAGGGCUGGCAGAACAGCAUCCGCCACAACCUCAGCCUCAACGAGUGCUUCAUCAAGGUGCCGCGCGAGGGCGGCGGCGAGCGCAAGGGCAACUACUGGACGCUGGACCCGGCCUGCGAGGACAUGUUCGAGAAGGGCAACUACCGCCGCCGCCGCCGCAUGAAGCGGCCCUUCCGCCCGCCGCCCGCACACUUCCCGCCGGCCAAGGGCCUCUUCGCGGCGGGCGGCGCUCCGGGCGGCUGCGGCGUGGCGGGCGCGGGCGCCGACGGCUACGGCUACCUGGCGCCGCCCAAGUAUCUGCAGUCGGGCUUCCUCAACAACUCGUGGCCGCUGCCGCAGCCGCCGUCGCCCAUGCCCUACGCCUCCUGCCAGAUGGCCGCGGCCGCGGCGGCGGCGGCGGCGGCGGCGGCGGCGGCGGCCGCGGGUCCGGGCGGCUCCAGCGCCGCCGCGGUGGUCAAGGGCUUGGCGAGCUCCGCCGCCUCCUACGGGCCCUACUCGCGCGUGCAGGGCAUGGCGCUGCCGCCCGGCGUGGUGAACUCCUACAACGGCCUGGGGGCGGCCCCGGCCGCGCCCCCGCCGCCGCCGCCGCCGCACUCGCACCCGCACCCGCACCCGCACCCGCACCCGCACGCCCACCAUCUGCACGCGGCCGCCGCGCCCCCGCCGGCCCCGCCGCCGCACCACGGGGCCGCCGCGCCGCCGCCCGGCCAGCUCAGCCCGGCCAGCCCGGCCACCGCCGCGCCCCCGGCGCCGCCCGCGCCCACCAACGCCGCCGGCCUGCAGUUCGCCUGCGCCCGGCAGCCCGAGCUCGCCAUGAUGCAUUGCUCCUACUGGGACCACGACAGCAAGACGGGCGCGCUGCACUCGCGCCUCGACCUCUGA